GUUAGUCUACGCAGACCCUCCUUCCAAAGUGCCGCUGCCCGGAGCAUUUUCCUUCACUGCGUCAUCAAUGGCGGCUUCUCUGAAAUUCGACCUUAGGCUGUUCAGAUCCUCCCAGUUCCAUUCCAAAUAUCUCUCCAAGCGCUACUCUACAUCCCUCACCGUCCGCUGCUCCGCUACUUCACAGGCGAGACGCUACUCCAUUACUCUGCUUCCCGGCGAUGGCAUCGGCCCCGAAGUCAUCUCCGUGGCCAAGAAUGUCCUCAAUCUCACUGGUUCUCUCGAAGGGAUUGUAUUUGAUUUCAAGGAGAUGCCUGUGGGCGGGGCUGCCUUGGAUUUGACUGGGGUUCCGUUGCCGGAGGAGACCCUUUUGUCUGCAAAACAAUCUGAUGCAGUUCUUCUUGGCGCAAUUGGAGGGUACAAAUGGGAUAAUAAUGAAAAACAGUUGAAGCCUGAGACUGGAUUACUUCAGCUUCGGGAAGGUCUUAAGGUCUUUGCAAAUUUAAGGCCAGCUUCUGUUUUACCGCAGUUAAUUGAUGCUUCAACUUUGAAGAAAGAGGUUGCUGAAGGUGUUGACCUCAUGGUCAUAAGGGAGCUUACAGGAGGUAUUUAUUUUGGAAAACCAAGGGGUUUUGACACAAAUAAGAACGGUGAGGAGAUUGGUUUCAACACUGAGGUCUAUGCCACCUAUGAGAUUGAUCGUAUUGCUCACAUUGCAUUUGAGGCUGCUCGGAAGCGGCGUGGAAAACUCUGUUCUGUUGAUAAAGCGAACGUGUUGGAGGCAUCAAUGCUUUGGAGGAAAAGAGUGACAGCAAUAGCCUCAGAGUACCCUGAUGUUGAACUCUCUCACAUGUAUGUUGACAAUGCUGCAAUGCAGCUUGUUCGUAAUCCAAAACAGUUUGACACAAUCGUGACAAACAACAUAUUUGGUGACAUUUUAUCAGACGAGGCUUCAAUGAUUACAGGAAGUAUUGGCAUGCUUCCAUCUGCUAGUCUCAGCAAAUCGGGACCUGGACUGUUCGAGCCCAUACAUGGUUCUGCACCUGACAUUGCUGGACAGGAUAAAGCAAACCCUUUAGCAACAGUUCUUAGUGCUGCUAUGCUUUUGAGGUAUGGUUUAGGAGAAGAGAAGGCUGCUCAGAGAAUUGAGGCAGCAGUCUUGGAUACUCUGGAUAGGGGCUUCCGAACUGGUGACAUAUACUCAGGAGGAGAAAAACUGGUGGGAUGCAAGGAGAUGGGCUAUGAGGUGGUGAAGUCGAUAGAUCCUAAAAUUGCUGCUCCAGUAUGAGUAACAAGAGAAGAAGAUGAUCCUUUAGCAAAAAAAAAAAAAUUUGCCGAUUUUGUACUUAGGAUGAGUAAAAUUGUUCUCCAAACUGUUGUAUUUGCCGCAUAUGAAUUUGAUGAUGACGUUAGGAAGGGGAUGUUGACUGACUGUUGUUGUGUUAAAGUGGUGGUUGCAAUAAUAUUUCUAAUUUAUUGGGAAUAAA